UUUCAGAUCUUCAAAAUGACAUCUCAAUAUUCGAACUACAGUUGUCCGCUCAACAACAUCCAAGUCAAUGUGAUCGGAAGUUCCAGAACUUCAGAUGAUCAUUUCCUAGAACAAAUGUUGACAAAAAGGAAGAAGACUAAUAUUUCUCAAGAUCUUCACUACACACUUCUAGGACUCAAUCCACGCGAUCUUUAUCAAAUUAGUAUCAAAUUGGCUCGGAUUGAUGAGAAAAAGUACAAGUUCAAUGGAAAUUUCAAUGGAGGCGACUAUUAUCCACAUAAAAACUCUGAAAUUCCAAUGGAGGACACGGAAGAAAUUGUGCAUUUGGAUGGUUAUCAAACAGGAGCUAGAUGGAUGAAAACUGGAGUUUAUUUUCCAAAAAUUGGAAUUUCCAAGGAGCAGCCUGACAAAGAAAGAUGUCUUCUUUUGGAGUCCCUACAUGCAUACGUCCCAGUUCUGAGAUUCACAACAUCUAGCGGGAUUUCUCUGGAAGUAACCGUUUGGAGCCAGAAAUUUGUUACGACUAUGACCUCAAGUAACCGUUCAGUGAAGAGAAGGGAAAAGAGGAAGUUGGAAGAAACUACUGGACCGUCCGCAAAAAAGACUCCCGAAGUCAUUGAAUUUACGCAAGAAGCUGUUGUUCCAGAAGUAUACAAUGCUCAACAGGUUUAUCAAAUGCAGAACGAUACGAUGAUCAGUUCCGACUCCAAGUUCUGCAGUCCAUUGGCAUUCCAACAAGAUUUUACCGAAGAGUUUGGCACAAUUUCUCAAUUGGACGCUUAUGUUAAUGUCAAUGUGCAAAGCUGCAGUUCAAGCAGUCUUAGUAGUCCAGCAGCAUUGCAACAAGACUCUACUGUGAGUUCUGACAAUGAUUUUGAUGAUAAGAACAGUGAAGAAUUCGACGCUGUUUUUGAAUACAUCGAUCAACAGUUUUCAAACCACGAUCAAAAUCCAAUGGAUCAGCAAUCAAAAUCAAUUGAUUUAAAUCAAACAACAUGGACUUCCCAAUCAAUCAAUAAUCAAAGCUACCUGUCCACCGCAAGUAGUCCUGCUGCAUUGAAUCAGGAUUCUUUUGCUUCUGAGAAAUCAAGCAUUGUCCGUGAUAAGAAGAACGAUGAAAAUUGUCUGGACGAAUUCGACAGAGUUUUCAAUGAGCUUGAUCAACAAUUUACACCGACAGAAAAUCAACUUCAAGAUCUCUCCAAUUGCACCACAUGGAAUCAGGAACCAAUCAAUAAUUCAAUUCAAUCAAAUCAGCUUAACAAUAACAUUGCUCCAGCUCUUGAAGAAAACGUGGAGGAUGACAACGCUAUCUUUGAGCAUUUUUUCAUUUGCAACUGAUUAUUCCAAUUCACAGUAUUAUUAUUAUUUAUUUGAUUUUGAUAACUUGCCUAUUUUGUUUUUAUUUCAAAUAUUCAGGAUUUUAUUCUCAUUUCCCAUUGUUGAAACUCACUAAUUUUUGACUGUAUUUCGUGUUGUAUUAUCUUUUCAAUAAAACGUGAAACGUCU